AUGCUUGUGCCUCAGCGAUUAGAUGUUGUUUCAGCUCCUCCACGUCGUCAAAAUGUCAACAGAGUUUUGAGAAUCCAUGAUGUACGCGUCAUUGCUGCUUUCGCUCUUGUUGCUACUGUCUUUGCCAGCCCCGCCAAUUACGGCAAUGGCGACCUUCUGUUUCUGGGCAAUGCUGCCACGAGUGGUCCAGUCUCGGUAUUGUAG